AUGGGUUUCACCGCGCAAGAGUGCCCAACGUGUGACACCGGCGGCAUUGCUGAGUACCGGUGCUCAGACUGCGCUGACUUGCAGCUCUACUGUGCUGAAUGCACGGUCCGCCAUCAUUCGCGCAAUCCUCUUCACCGGCUAGCAAUGUGGGUUAAGACCCAUUUCUGUCGCGCGGACCUGAAGAAGCUCGGUGUUCGCAUCCAGCUGGGCCACCCCACCGGCGAGCGCUGUCCGAACCCCAAGCGUGCAUUCAAUGACGACUUCGUCAUCCUCGACAUCACCGGUGUUCAUCAUGUAGGGCUCGACUACUGUGACUGUCCGCAGAAGGUACAUCUCCCGCAUCAACUGAUGCGGGCGAGACUGUUCCCCGCGACGGUAACGAAUCCGAAGACGGCAGCAACCUAUCAUCUAAUGGAGCACUUCCACCUCUUACGUACGCAAUCGAAGAUCUCCGCGUACGAGUUCUACCAAGGUAUUGCACGGCAGACCGAUAACGUUAGCCCGGAAGACCCCGCAGAUCGCUACCCUGCUUUUCUUCGCAUGUCACGUGCAUGGAGUCACCUGAAGAUGCUCAAGCGCGGCGGACGUGGCCACGAUCCGUCAGGGGCAAGCGGGACGUCACCAGGUGAAUGUGCAGUGGAAUGUCCUGCUUGCCCUCAGCCGGAGAAGAAUCUGCCCGCCGAUUGGAAAAAUGCCCCGAAGGCUAAGAGCUGGCUCUACCGCCUGUUUGUCGGCCUCGACGCUAACUUCCGCCUCAAGCGGAAGAAGGUGUCCAACAGCACUGUCGAUCCGGGCCUCAACAAGGGCUAUGCUUACUUCGUCGAAGAAACCGCGUACAAAGCUUUUCUCCACGAAUUCGAUACCAAGCUUCCACCAGAGAAGAACACCUGCCAUAAUCACGAUGCGGUCAAGCUCGCCAACAUCAAGAAGGUUCGUGAGACGGAUGCGAGUGGGGUUGCGACCGUGGAGUGCACGCGGCAUGACAUGAAGCGACCUUGCUCCGUCGGUGAUUUACAAUACGGUGAACGCUACGUUAACAUGGACUAUCUGUACUUUUCAAGUCUCGAACACCACUCGAUGCCAGAAAUCGUCACUUCGUAUGACAUUGCAUGCCAGUGGUCGCGUAACCUCUCGACACGCCAUGACAUCUAUAACGCGCCCUUCGACUGCUCGCACCAUCGCAUCAACUUCCUUAUCCCUAAGUUCCAUCUUCCCGCGCACCAGUCAUCGUGCCAGUACGACUACUCCUUCAACAACACCCCGGGCGUUGGCCGCACGGACGGCGAGGCAGUCGAACGUGGCUGGGCUGCCGUCAAUCCGUUCGCGACGUCAACAAAAGAGAUGGGCCCGGGCCAUCGCCGUGAUGUGCUCGACGAUGUCUUCGGUGCAUACAAUUGGGGGAAAGUUCGCCAGCUUGCUCCUACCUUGCUGAAAAAAGUCAAAACGGCCGUUGACAAGCAUGUCACGCACCAGCAAGCCUUCGACGACUUCACGCAGGUGUUGCCAGCAGAAAGCGUGCAGUUGUGGACCACGAUGGUCGAGAAAUGGGAGGACGACCCGGAACAUAAUCCCAACCCUUUCGCCGCGACUGAACCAACUGUCACGAUGGCUGCCGUUCGCCGCGCGCUUGCUGAAGAGGAAGCCGCUCUUCUGCAUAAGCUCACGAACCUUCCUAUAUACCGUCAUCUUACUGAUGGACAUUUCACCAGACGUCGUCUUCGUGCUGACGUGAAGAAGCUCGGAGACCACUCCACAGACAAUCAGCGUGCCACGGUGCUUGAACGUGCUAACGCACUGCGUCGCAAGCUCGAGGCCUGGUUCAAGAUCCAACAAGUCUACAUUCCGGGUGCUGAGAACCUUCGCACCAUCCAGCUGAAAAAAGCCGACAUUCAGAAUCCAGCCGCAUUCAACCUACCCUUGCUUCUCCCAUCGGCGAUCAGUUCUACACUGGAGCUCGCCACCUCGCUCCGGGACAUCGAGUGGCGCCUCCGACAUGCUCAAGCUCACGACGCCCUAUCGGACCUGCGUAAGCACCUUCGCAUGCGCAGCCACCUCUAUCAGUUCAAGGACCGCUUCGUCCGCGGUCAGCAUGCGAAUACGCGCGCACGGUCUGUCAUCGACAAUGUCCAACACAAAGUCGACGAGGACGCUGAUCGCUACCGGAGGGCACGUGCCGCUCUGCUCUCGCUGUCGUGCACACUUGGAAAAACGGGCUGGGAGGAGACGCUGAAGGUCCUUGGGGAACGCGACGUCCGCGGCAUGACAGCAGGGACCGAAGAAGAGGAGCAGGAGCAGCAGAGCGAGGGUAAUCGUACCCUGUCAUGGAUAUGGCGGUCCACUCCGAUUGUCGGCCCCGAAGACGCUCACAAUCCUGAUCUGCAGGAAGGGUUGCGUAUCGAAUGGUGCAAGUCACGCGCAAGGGCAAACCGGUGGGAUGAGGAAGUUGACCUUCUUCGAGAGGAGAUGCGCCGAGUUGUCAGAUACCACUCCUGGAAGGCUCGCCAAUGGCUCGACAAUGCCGACGCUCGCCCGACGCUCGCUGCUAACGCCAGAGAGGGACUCUCAGCCUACGCUCAUCGACAGGCGGAGAUACGUACAACCAUGCGAUCGGUAUGUGCCCACGGGUGGCGGUACGUUGAUGCACUGAUCUCUAUCGGGGAAGCUGAGCUGAGUGGAGAAGAUCCACCGUCCAGUAUUACCGAAAGUGAUAUCUCUGCGUAG